UACAGCCAGCCGCUAAUCAGUGCAAUCAACAGAGCACUUGAGCUAAUAAGCCGCUAAAGCGAGUGGUUCGGUUUUGGGUCGGAAUUCAGUUACCAACGGAACGUUGCACACACAGUAUGAGUCUCUCCUCGACUUGUCACUUCAGUCUGCUGGCACUAUGCCUCCUGGCAGUGCCACAGGUGCAGGAGGUGCAAUCCCAGGUGCUGUCCGCGACACCAGAUGCAAACGCCACACAGGUGGUGACAAAAGUUCUACGACGGCACAAGCGCUAUCUGGCAUUUCCGGAGGGCUCUUCGGUUUCGGGAGCUAUUUGCAUGACGAUCGGCAUGAUUGGCAACCCCGAUGUGGACUAUCUUAGCUGGGCAGUCAACUGGGGCGUGGCCUACGAUCUGCCCAACCACCAAUGGGUCAUCCAGCACGCCCACGGACUGAACGCCACCCUGGCCAAGGACACCAUCAAGCGCCGCUCGCGACGAGCCUUCUACGACGAGGUGCAGUCCUUAUUUGACAACAUGGGAUUCAAUGGACGCUCGUGCGUGGCUCGAGCUCUUUGCGAAAGUGCCAAAUUUAUGCUGCCGCCCCAGCAACGCGGAAAUAUGUUGCAGGAGUUGGUCAGGACCGUCUUUAGCCUGCCGCCCACUCCGGUGGCUGCCCAUGAGCCCCGGGCCCAUCACCAGUACGAUCGUAUCUACCGGCGAUCCAAGCGGAACUCUCGAGAGUGCCACCAAAUCUAUCCGGAUUGUCAGUUCUCGUUGCUGGCCUUGGCUUUGGGAAAAUAUAUGGCAGCCACUACCACAAAGUUUAGUUCGUUUAACUAUAUGUGAGGACCCUCAAAACUGGAUUAAAAAUAAAAUAAGAAAUAUGGAUUUAAAAGGUUUUAUUAAUUUUCUUAAACUGCUUGAAGUCAAAAAGUCGAUAGUUUUUUUUGAUAAACUGGAAAAAUAAUAAGUUAAAAUAGAAAAACCUGAUAAUAGAAAUUCCCAUUUUCGACCCACAAUUUUUGAAAUAAAAGACAGGAUACAUUUUUUUUAAAACAAAUU